CAUUGAUGUAGAUGUAGUUGCUUUGACAGACGGGAACUAGCUGUCUAUAGCACAAGAUUUAACUCAUUUAACCUGUGUGACACAGAAAGCGUUGUUUACAAAUGAGGCCAAUGGUGGGCGUUUGCACAGACAGACACUGACCUGUCUAAUUAGCUCCGAGACAAGCAGUUACUCCAUACAAUGAACACGGAAGAUAAGUUGGAAGGCAUGCUGUUGAAGUGCAGCAGUGGAGGGCUGGAUGGAGGAGGGAGAGUGGGACUGGGCAGUGGAGCAGGGUUGGUGGUCAUGACACUUGGGGAGAGAUCUCUGGUGAACCAUCCAAUACUGGCAGAGGAUGAUGAUGAUGAAGAUGAUGAUGAUGAUUUGACGGGGAGUUCGCUGGUCACUCACGACCUGGUCCCACCAGAGCAACUCAUGAUGCAGGAGGACAUAUCAAAGAGUGGCGGUGAUGAGGACACAGAAAGUGACGUUGCCACACAGUUCCCAUUAAAACUUACGAAUAAGCUCCCAUGUUUGCUUCAUAUGCCGCUAACCAUAAAACAGGAACUGAAGCUGACAGAGCCUUCACCCUUGAUAAAAAAGGACAAGAAAGCAGUAAAAGACUUAAUGUUGUGUCCUAAAAAGAAGAAAAGGAAGCAGCGCUCACCAGCCAAAAUUCUCACAGUCAAUGAGGAUGGCUCGAUGGGUAUGCAGAGCCCCAAGUGCCACGUGUGUAUUCAUUGUAACGCUGCAUUUCGAACCAACUAUCAUCUGCAGCGGCAUGUGUUCAUUCACACAGGAGAGAAGCCCUUCCAGUGCACCCAGUGCGACAUGCGCUUCAUUCAAAAGUAUCUUCUGCAGAGACAUGAAAAGAUUCACACAGGCGAGAAGCCAUUUCGAUGUGAUGAAUGUGGCAUGAGAUUCAUUCAGAAGUAUCACAUGGAACGACACAAAAGGACACACAGUGGAGAGAAGCCCUAUCAGUGUGAUUACUGUCACCAGUACUUUUCUAGGACAGACAGGGUUUUGAAGCACAGACGAAUGUGUCAUGAGAAUAAAGAGAAAAAGAGCAACAAGGUGUCCGGGAAAGUUGGACCUCCACGUGAACCAGAUUCAUUAAACGUCUCGUUUCUUGCCAAAGAGUGUUCGCUGCCUAAAAAGAAGCGCCAAAAGUGUACAGACAAAACACUGACUGAGACUAUCACCACCACUCAGACAGAAGGGCACCCGGUCACUGUCACAGAAACAGAGGAGAAAGAGGAGCAGAGAGAAAAUAAAAUGGAAGGUCUACCUCUUUACACAGUGUCCUCCAAAGUUAAACAUGAAUAUGUGAUGGCAGAGUACUCCGUGGACCUCCCAGAGGAGUCCACAGACCAAAAUCAGGACGAAGAUGAGCUGUCAGAAGAAACUACUCCUCCCAAACUAGUCCUGAAGAAAAUCUCCAAAAGAACCAUCAAACAGUCCAGUGAGCAAGCCACUCCCUCUCUGUCCACUUUGUCUUCCUUUGAAGAGAAUGGCAAAGUCACACAAUAUACAUUUGAAAUUGUGGAUAAACAAGGCCUUUUGGAUGUAGAUGGAAAUACUGAGCUUGAAUCAGUAGAAACUCUUCAGGGAGGGCCGACAAAGCCUGCCCCCAGCAGCACAAACUAUGAUGACGCCAUGCAGUUUCUAAAGAAGAAGAGGUACCUUCAGGCUGCUGUGACCAACAGCAGUCGAGAUUAUAAUCUGAGCUCCAACAGCAUGUCGUCUCAGACACCUGUCAAUCAAACAGUCGUGUCUACUGUGAUCGACGAGACUGUCCCUGCCACAAUAUUAGAACCUCAACCCAUCAACACUGACAUCAAGACUCAUGAGAAGAGCGUGCUCCCAGAUGAAGUUCUCCAGACACUGCUGGACCAUUACUCCAAUAAGGCCAAUGGCCAGGCGGACAUCUCCUUCAGUGUAACAGACACAGAGGUCACUUCCAGUAUUUCCAUAAAUUCAUCGGACGUUUCAGACAGCAGUCCUGUGGAGAGCCUUGCAGCCUCGUCUGCUCAUGCACAGCCUCCCACAGAGAAGGUCAGUCUUUUGCAGGAAUACUCCAAGUUCCUCCAACAAGCUCUGGAGAGGACCAGCCAGAACGACAGCUACCUGACCAGCCAAAGCCUCAGCCUGGUGUCGGAGAGUCCCCCUUUAGCAGGACAGCCACUGUUUGCUACUGACAAACAGUUUCCAUCUCCCAGCAGGUUCAAAUCAGGGAUGAGUUCUCCGUUAAGGUCCACUUUAGACAAACCUCACUUCGGAUUACUGGUGGGAGACUCGCAGCACUCAUUUUCAUUUUCAGGAGAUGAAACCACGCCCCCCUCAGCUGUGUCCCCCGCUGACGAUGACUUUCUGGAUCAGGUUUCCCCCAAAAAGUCAGACUCGACACCAGGAAUUCUUCAGACGUUUCAGAUUAGCUCCUUUGACCAGAACUUCAAGUCCCACUUCCAGACGUCCAGAUCUGGAUCCACCUCACAGUUUACUGUUGCUAAUGGACAGGUGAGUCUGCGAGGACACGGCACAGACUUCUCAGAGUUCACUUUAGUUCGAGAGACCAGAUCACAACUCAACUCCUCCCCUGAUGUUUCUUCCAGUGAAACUUUCUGAAGGAAGAGGCUACAAAUUCAUUCUCAGCAGCACUUUAUCUUAUGUUUUCUGUUUUUGCCAAAUCAUGUCCCUGUGCAACUUCAUGUCUUUCUCAAAGAAAGACAUUUUGUGUUUUAAGAUGAAUAUUAAGUUUAGCAACCCCACUUUAGGAAAAAAAAAAUGUACACAAGAAUGUUUGACUUAUGCAAUUUAUGCGUGAAAUAAUUAAGCUACCAAAGCAUAGAUAUUGAGACAAAUUAUUCCCUUAUUGCUCAACAGUGAUUUGCCUAUUUUUAUUUUUCAAUUGCAAUAACAAUAAUGAUUACUUUAAUUCAGUUAACAAUGCCUUCUUGCUGCCUGAUGGCUACCUCCCUGUCCAAACCUUUACAGUAACAUAAAUCCAAUAGUAUUCAGACUACUAGUACUUGUAUAUUCACAAGUGAAUGAGUUUAAUGUAAGUAACAUUGCUAUAGUCAUCCAACAGUGUUGACUGUUCGACUUGUGUGUAUGGUAUUGACACUUGAUGUUAAUAUUGUUGUAAGAUACAUUUGCCUUUAGAAAUUACAAUCUCCUCUUUGUUAGUCACUUUAUUGUCACCUUAAAUUGGUGUUACAUGUUAUUUAUUUUUGCCCCUUUUAAAUAGUGGUGAGUGCUUACCUUAAAAUCUCAAUUGGUAUCAAAGAGCUGCAAACAUGAAAUGAUUGCAGGAUAAAUGUGAUAUUCAAUCGAGCUGUAGUGAAAUUACUUCAAAAGGAUUGUGCAUAAAUUCUGCACAAUUUGCACAUUUUUACUGCAGAGAAUGUCAGUAACAUAGUGAAUUAUUAAAUCUGUAAGAAAAAAGUCCUUUGCUCUGAAUGUAAAUUGGAGUUAUUUGAAACUCAAGGUGACACUUUGUUUUAAUUACUUUGAUAGAUGAGUUUUUUAGACUGGAAGAAGCACGUUAGAACAUUAAACUAUUACGUUUUGUUAUCUCCCAGUUUGAUUAAAACCUGCAUCUGUGCCUUUCUUUUCUUUUAUUCUCGCCUUUCCUGUGUUAUUCUGUUUGUACUCUUUAUAACUAGGUCAGUGACUUAAGGCAAAUAAUUCCAGUUGCACAACAAAUAAGCUAUCUUUCUUGCAGCCUGUAAUCUUACAUUGAGGUUUAUUUUAACCAGCACGUCUCUCUUAUUUUAUUCAGUUGCAAUAAGUGGCACACAACUAAUAUUUUUACCUGGAUAUUUGUAGGAAAUAAUGUUUCUGAUAUGUUGUACAGCUGUACAUAUUGUGUUACCAUCACCUGCUUCCUAGUGAUUACCUUUGUUAGGCCUUGUGCAUAUGAUGACAUUAAAAUGGUAUAGUCCUCAUAAACAUGCAUAUGUCAGUGAAUCUGAAUAUUAUGGAAUAAGCCAUUCAAAUUAAAGUAACACAUGUGACAUUGGUUUCAUAUUAAACUAGUUCUAUUAAGUGUUGUGAUCAGAGAAUGAGAACCAAAACGGUCUCUGUUAGACAUAUGAUGUCUAAAGUGUCCUUGCUGAUGCUCCCUCCCUCCUGGACAGGACAGCACACAGAGCUGUGUUUGGGAUUAAAUCAUCUAGUGGAUUAAAUCAUGUUAAUAUGCUUAUUUAGAGAUAUAUGAAUGCUUAAAACACAGUACAUCUAAGUUGAACCUCAAAGACUCAUGAGCCCUUUUCGCAGUUUUCAGAUUUUCUGACAUGUGCCAGCGCUUCAUGAUACUUUACAUUGUUGGACUGUUUUCUGUCUAUGUUUUAGGUGCUACUGUGUAAACACUGUUUUGUACACAAGAUCCAAUUGGGUUAGAAUAAUAUUCCCUAAUGUUACAAAUCUACUGACAAUCAGGGAAACAUGGCACCCCACAUAAUCACCAGAUAUACUUUAUUUUCUCUCAUUGAACAUUCCCUAUAGAAUGUAUAGAAAUGUUUUGGUGUAAAUACAUUGUAUAAUUUUAUGUUCAGAGAAGUACUGUUAGAUAGAGGACUGACACGAGAGACUCCUUUUGUUAGUGAAUGGCACAUGAUUUUGUGAAAUAAUCAUUUUAUAUUAUGAACGGUGUACAAAUGGAUUACAAUACCUUGUUUUUUGUUUGUGUAUAUACACACCCACCAUCAAAUUUUAAUUUUUGUUAUAUUUUAUAGCAUUGUUUUACUGUAUAGAAAAUGCUCCGCAAAAUACUUUUUAAAUUGUACUUCAACCUAUGUGUAAGUUGUAGGUUUGGUUAAUUUGGUUAAAGUGAUAAAUAUUGUGAUACUCCACCCCAUCACUCACAUCAAGAAUGAUUUGAAAGCACAGUAACACAUUUCAUUUUUGUUUUAGUAUAAAUAAUAUAAAUAAAUAAAAUAUAUGGCUUAAUUGCCAAAUUAGAGGAUUCUUACUAAAGCAUUCUGUUUUUCAUCAAUUGUUAGACGACUGGCCAUAAGUGUCCUUGUAUAAGCUAUAGUAUAUUUCUUUUGUUUAAAAAGAGCUGAAAUUAGAAAUUUUGAUAAAAAAAAACUAUUUUUGAAACGUCAUUUAAGGCACUGAUAUGUACAGUAUAUUGUAUGCAGUCAAUAUUGCUAUCCUCAUUUAUCUGUUCACGUCUUUUGUGUCAAUGUUUUUCAAAUACCGUCUGACUUUUGCAUCAUGUUUUUAAAGAAUUUACCAUUGAAGUCCUGGUGCAUCACAGUGGGGCGUGGUUUUAGUUAAAUGCGGUAAGGUUUAUAUGCAUGGAUUAAUGUUGGGUCGAGUGAAUUUGUAUGAAUUACAGUAUGUGCAGCUUUAAUUGUAGCUAAUUGAUUUUCAGUAAAGUAACCCAUGAUUAGAUUUUUGGCAAUAUAUUAUGGUUUGUAAACAGUCUGAUUUUUGAUUGUUGUGUGUCAUGUCCUUAUAAAUAAACUUUAAAAAUGAU